CAACAGAUUUUCAAACGAUCUACAAAACUCUACACCGUCAAGAAGGAAAAAAAUAAAAUAUUUAUAGUUGUAGAAACAAAACCCCAUAUAUAUUUUGUGAAAAAUAUUUGACGGACAAAGGAAACAGCCAUGUAAUUUAUAAAAAAAAAAGAAAACAAGUCUUCUGUAAUCGGCGCCUCCACAUUCAGAACAAAGAAGCAGUAGACGUUGUUUUACUGGAGAUUGCAGUGUCGCCCAUACACAUCUACGCAAAAGAAAAAUAAGAGGAGGGGAGCUAAUUGCAAAAAAAAAAAAAGGCGAGAAGCAAGGAAGAAAGCGAAAAACUCGCCGACGCAUAAUUUUUUUUCCAUUUGCCAACUGCCCCGUUGAGGCAGGAAGUUAAACGGGGUUACUGGAAGGAAGCCUGUGAAUUUAAACUGCAAAUAAUAUGGAAAACUUGUCAAAGUUUUCCAAAAUAUCCGAUAACGCAACAGCAACGUGUAAAAGAGAUUCAGCAACUUUGGGAAUAAACUGUGCUGGGGGUGGUGUUGGUGGUGCAACAUCACUAGUUAGCAGCGAUGGAGCAAGUGGUGGCAUUGCAAUAACAAAUCCCCCCAUUGUUUCGGCCCAUACAUCCACCUGGCUGGCCGCUUUGCAUGUCAAUAAUAAUAACAAUGCCGAUAAAUCCUUUAUCAAUGCUACUAAGGACACUCAUCAACAACGUCAUCAUCACCACCACCAUCAUCAUCAUCAGCCAAUGUAUGGUAAUAAAUCAACAACAACAACCACAUCAUCGAGUCUAAAGGGGAACGUUCCAAUAACAACAACAACAACAACAACAAACAUUGCCAGUCAAUCUUGGGAAUGCGAAAGCUGUGAUAUCUAUCAGAAAAACAAUGGACAAGAAUUAUCACCAUUGACAAGUAAUACAACAAUGACCAGAGUAGCAUUGAUAGAAGAGGAUGAAGGAGGUGGUGGUUGCGGUGGCGGUAGUAUUGCCGCUGGCAUUGGUGUGGAUAAGUUUUCAACACCAUCCCUAAAUGGCAUAACUUCCACAGCAUAUCACACAUCUUCCGGUGUAUCUGCUUCCAAUGAUAAUAAUCAAACUGCAAGAGAUUUAACUGCAGCCGGAACGGCAGUUGGUCCAAUGACCACAACAUCAUCGUUAGUGUCACCUCUGCUGCCAACGACUUCCUUUUUACCAAGCGAGACUGAUUACAAUUCUUAUGAUAUGUGUGGUGCGGUCUCAUUAUCACCGCCUCUCCUGGAAGAUCCCUUCGACGAUUCAGAAGCUGCUGCAGCAGCGGCAGCUCUGGGCGGGGGCCAUUCAAAUCGCACCUCCCUCAAUAAUUCCACCGAAAAUCUAAGCUACACAAGUGAUAAUUUCUAUGGUGAUGAUCUCAUACUGCUCGGUGAAGAUGGUGAUUUGGAGGCAGAGGAGUUGUCGCUCAACUCGGACGAUUGUAUCUAUGCGUAUCGUGGUGCUGGGGCAGAUUUUGAUUUAGCUCUGCCACCUCUGGGCGGCAUAGCCGGCAAUUUUGGCAUCCAUCCAGGGGGUGGGAAUAUUGCCCAAGAAGAAGAAACGGAUUUUCUCGAAAUGGAUUUUGAUCCAGAUCCACCCUCAGAAUUGGAAUAUAAUCAUGGAAAUGAAAUGAAUGUUAGUGCCGGCAAUAAGGAACAAUAUCUAAUGCAAAGGGAUGCCUGUCAUUUGGCAACACCAACCCAAAGGCAUCAAUUGUUCUCUUCGCCCAUUGACGAUCUACCGCCAGCACCCAAAGCUUUGCAAGCCCAAUCUUUGUUGAGUAAGAAUUUUGCACGAAUUACUUUACAUUUGGAUCAAAUCCAAAAGGACUACAAUGAGGAAAGUGAUGAGGCAAGGGAGAGAUUAAAUUCCGCCCUGGAUUCCCGGCCCUUGGAGGAAGAAUUUGUAAAGGACACCAGUGUGGCGGACACCUGUCAUUCAUUGCCGAAUACCUUGCAUGAACAUUUCACCAAUCGUUGCAACUCUGAAUCGGCUGUAACAAAUACUUCCAAAGAUGAUUCACUGGCAGCCCCUUUGCAGAUACUUGGCUGUGGUGCCAGCAGCAGCAGUAGCAGUCAUGCAAAAUCACCCUCAAAAAUUACCGGAGCCAAACCGAAACGUUUGUCAACAUUUUCCUCAACCUCUUCGACUUCAUCGAAAAAUUCCUCUAAAUCUCGAAAUUCAUUACGUUCCGCCUUUCAGACAUCCGCCAUGGGUGCGACCUCAUCGAGUUUUGAUGAACGCAGUGUUAGUUGUUCCGAGUUCCGUACAGAACGUGAUUUAGCCUCCACAGCGGUAUUGGGUUGCAAACAACCAUCCCUGAUGCCCCACACGGCACCCACAACCGCCACAAGUUUAAUGCCCGAUUUUAAUAGCUUCAACGAUGAGACAUGCUUGGAUUGUUUGGAAAAAGAAUUUCUGGCCAAUACCAUUGGCAAGGCUCUCGACCCCUCCGGUUGUAUGAAAUGUCGCAAACGUUUGGUGGGACAUCAUUCGAUGUUAUUUCCAAAUCACCAUCAGCAGCAGCAGCAUCAGCAUCCUCAUCAUCGUUCGGCACGCGAUCAUCUACACCAUCAGCCAUCGCCAUCAUCAUCGUCAUCCUCGACAUCGAAAUAUCGCCGUAGUGCAUCGCCCACCACAACGUUCUUUUUCAAUGAACAAACUUCACCCACAUCCAGGCUGUUUUCGUGUGAAUUUCUAAAUUCUCAAGCCCGCAAACGGCAAGAAUGGGAUACAUUUAUGCAGGAACAACAAAAGGAGAUUCUAACACCAGAAAUCAAUUUGACAACGUCAUCGCCAUCGUCGUCAUCAUCACCAUCAACCAAGGCUGUAAACAACGAUACAUUGAAAAUGUCCAACACACAACAACUACAAUCAAGGUCGGCAACUGCGGUUGGUGCUGCUGCUGCUGCUGCUAAAUUGGAUAUCAAAAAUUUAAAUGAAAGUCUUAAAGAUUUAGAAACGAAGCUGCUAAAGAAUCUCAAGCUUCCCGAUCCCUGUACGGUAACACUCUCUACGAAUAAUUUAACAGAAUCUAGUCUUGUGCAGGCACUGGACAAACUUCAAAUCGCCUACAAUCAAGAACAUUUAAAAGUCUAUUUUAAAAAGCUCAGCAAUAAUAACAACAGCGGCAUCAUCAAUAACAAUAAUAGCAGUUCCUCAUCAAAUAUUUAUACAAUUUCACAUCAAGAAUUUAAAACUUUAAAAGAUUUUCUCUUGUAUGUCUCCAAGAGACAGGGAAAUUAUCAUAAGCUAAAGCGUUUGAUAGGUAAAAUAACACAACAACAAGUAAUAGUGCAAUUUAAAGAGGACCCUUCAAUAACCGAACUGGAAAUGGUUCCUGUAAGAGUAUCAGAUAUUUUACAUUAUUGGUCGCAAUGUAAAAAUUUGGAAUGCUUAAAAGAUCUGGACAAACGAUUUCAUGAUGCAAACAUAUUGGGAAAAAUUGCCAAUAUAAUACGGCAGGCUCAUCAACGUUCAUCGAGUUCAUCGCGACGGCCCCUACCCGAGUUUAUUUCCAUACCACAGUAUUAUCCAACAGGUUUUCUAACAAUUAUUAAAAAAUAAGGCGAUGAAUGGCAAAUAGAAAAAAACAACAACAAAAGAGAUUAUCCAGUUCUAUAUUAUCCAAGCAAAACAACAACAACAGCAACCACACAUAGUCAAUAAGGAACAGCAAUAUUAAAAAGAAUUAAAAAAACGACAACAAAUUAUGAAAAAAAAAACAAAACAAAAAUCAAAUUUAAAUAACCAAAACCCAGACACACACACACACUCCAACAACAAUCAACGAAAUGGAAAUUUAAGAAAAUUAUUUAUGUUGUUGUUUCUUCCCCUCCCCUAAAAUUUGUUUUUUUUUUUAGCACAAUUUCCCAUAAUUUGUGUGAAUUGUUUGUAUUUGUAUUUUGUAUGUGUUGUUGUAACAACAACAUCAAAAAAAAAAAUUCAAUUAAAACUAGAAAACAACACAAAAAGAAACUUCAUCUAGAAAUCAACUGCAAUUAAGCCCUAUCACUCAACAACAACAACAUAUUUAUUUAUAUAUAAAUAAAUAUAUUUAUAUGAUGAUAAUAUAACUGUAAUAUUAUUAUGAAAAUGGAAAACAAAACUCCAACAACAACAACCACUUUUUAUAGCUUAUACUUAUUAUUAAAAUAUUUAAUAUUUUUUAAGUAGCCUGGUAUGCUUUAAAUCAAUAAUAAUGAUGAUUAAAAUAAUAUAUAAAGAACAACAAAACACAAA